UACAUCUGGAGAUGUAGGCCGCAAAUUGCUCUUGAGAAAAGCAAAGGUCAAGGUCACUUUUCCGAUUACUAGUAUAAUUAUCAGAAGUUCGUACGUUGCACACACUGUUUCAUAAACCGGAUAAAUUAUAGAACUCUCGGAUUAGUCAGACGUUAUGGCAGGUUUCUCAGAGAGUAAGAAUGUGACCAUAUUUGGUGGCGGAAAUGGUGCACACGUCCUUGCAGGUACUUCUUCAUUGGUCAAAAAUGCUCACGUGACUGUUGUUGACACUUUUCAAGACGAGGCAGAAAGAUGGACGAACGCAAUGGCGGCUAAUGGAUUUACCAUGAAGUAUAGUAACGGGCAAACAAAAUCCCAACCCGCUGGUGCAGUUAACUUUAAAGUCACAAAAGAAGUGGAAGCAAAUGUCCGAAAUGCAGACAUUGUUAUCCUCUGUAUGCCUGCAUUCCUUCACGAGAUGGUUCUAACGAACAUCGCAUCAUAUUUGCAAGAUAAGUGUGUAUUGGUCGGACUACCAGGUCAGGCGGGAUUCGAGUAUCAAGCUCUGGCAAUUUUGAGAGAACACGGGAAAAAGUGCAGUGUAGUAUCAAUUGAAACCUUACCCUGGGCGUGUAGAAUUGUAAAAUAUGGACAGGAAGUCGAAGUUUUAGGCACAAAAGAAGAAAUUUAUGCUUCUCAAAUUGAGCAAAUUAAGUCCAAGGAUACUGAUUCAAAUUCAAGCCCAAUGGGCCAAGUUCAAACAAUACUCGGACCUAAACCAGUUUUAAAACGAGAAAUGAAUAUCAUCAAAUACACUUUUCUUUAUAGGCCAACUGUCCAUCCUCCCAUAAUGUAUGCAAAAUGGAAAAAUUGGGAUGGAAAACCGUUAGAAACCGCACCUCUCUUCUACCAAGGAGUCGACGAAGAGGCUGUUAAAUAUUUAGAUGGAGCAACGAAUGAAAUGAUCGAGGUUGCCAAUGUGCUUGCGUCUAAAUAUCCAAACAUGGAUUUCUCUGGAAUUUCGCCAAUGAAAGAAUGCUUCAUAGGUGAGUACCCAGAUCAAAUCGAAGACAAACAAACUUUGCUUUCAUGCUUGAAAACCAACCGAGCUUACGAUGGUCUCGUGCAUCCCAUGAAGAAAACAGCAGACGGUAAAUUGGAGCCAGAUUUCAAAUAUCGUUACCUGAUGGAAGACGUUCCAUACGGACUACUUAUCAUUCGACAAAUUGCUGGCAUGGUCGAAGUCAGAACACCACUAAUUGAUGAAAUCAUAGUUUGGGCGCAGGCUAAACUUGGAACAGAGUACAUGAAAGAUGGCAAGCUGUGUUUUGUUGACAGAAAACACGGUCGUCUUCCAAUGGCUUAUGGUAUUAACACUAUAGAAGAAUUCGUCAAUUUUUUCGAAUAAUGCUGAAUCCACAGCUAAAAUCUAUGGGAGUUUUCAAAGUUCUUAGUUUGGACUUUUGUUGUGACAGCGAACAAGAAAGCUUGCUUUUAGAGUAUAAUUAGAGCGAUGAAUUCAUUAUACAAUGUGUAUGAGUUAUGAAUUCAAAACAUAAUUGUUGCAUUCGACAAAUAUAGGACAAUAGCAUAAUUGAAUCAACAUUUAUUAACAACUUUUACCUUUGGUGCACAUGUAUGGUCAAUUCAUUAGGGCAAGUAGAUAUUGGUUUAUAUUUCUUUUUAAAUGGCAGCUUAAAAUGUUUGGUUUUUUUCUUAUUAGUGGUUCGUUUAUGUUGUGUAGUCAACGACCAGUAAAACAGUCAUAUGUUAUGUUUACAAAGACUUGGUUUAUUGUUGAGUUUGAUUUUCUAGUUAAAUUACAAUCUUUGAAAUAUUGUCAUUAUAAUAAACUGUUCGUUUAUGUUUUAUGUAGAAGUUAGGUGCAUAUAUUUGUUUGUUGUGAAUCGAGCUUUUACACAUGUAAACAAUGAAUAAGGUGGAUUGCUUCUUCAUCUGAACUUAGUGGCAAUCGCUGUGGAUUCGAUUAUGUUUUGAAACUAUGCAUCUAGUUAACUUAAUUAAGAUUAAUAAAAGUCUUUGAAACAUUGAAGCAAGAAGAAAAAGAAUUGUUCUUAUAAUUCAAUGUUAGUAAAAACUAAAUGAAAUAUGUAUAGGAGCCAAACUAUCUAGAGUCUCUUCCACUUAUUAUAAUAUUUUGAUAAUAUGUAUAUAGAAUAUAGGGCAACAUUAUAACUUAAUGUCUUUUUGUAAUUAAUAUAUUUGUUAAAUGACACUGCUUUUUGUUUUCACAAUAAUUUUAUUGUUGUAUACAAAUUUUAAAAUUGUUGGUCUAAAAAAAAUAAAGAAGAAGAAAAGGA